AUGGCUCUCGGCAGCACACCUCUCUCUCCGAAAUCACAACAAGAUCUCAACAUGGUCAUGCCAAUGCCUCCUCCUCUGCUGCAUACUCGUUCUGGCAACGAGAUGUACGACCGGCCUCAAACGCCGUCAACGCCUGGAGGGGGUCUUGCCCAUGGCUUCACCAGUCCUGCGCAGACUCCUCAGGGCAGUCCAAGCAAGAGACAGCUACCUCCUGGAGCCAACGACUUGCCCAAUGUGUUUGAUAAUGCCAUGAAAUUGGCUCCAACGUCGCCCAUCAAGGCACAACCAAAAUCCCCUGCCAAACAAGGAUUCUCUGCCGGUGACGAGAACACGAGCGAAGACCCCUUCGCUGAUCCUCCUGCUCAGUAUUUUAGCCGCCCAGAGAGUCCCACACGCCAAUCCAACAAAGAGAACGCCCCUGCUGGUGGCCUGGGCUAUGGCAAAGGCAUCCAGCAGAACCAUGCCGCCAUCUCGCGUCAAGAGCAAUAUCGCACAGCUGACUCCAAGAAGACUAUGACCACAACCAAAGGUCUCACUGCCGAGGAGUUGCAAAAGCUGCAACUCCCAAAAGUCAAGCGGCUGGCGAAUGUGACUCAACUGUACUUCCUUGACUACUACUUUGACCUGCUCUCGUACGUCCACAAUCGUCAGUCCAGAGAAGCUGCUUUCAAGGCCUCGUUCCCUGCUCCACCUGAGACACCAAGAGAAGAGUUCGAUGCUGCACUUCACAAAUACCUUGGGCGUGAACGGGCCAAUCUGCGCAAACGUCGCACCCGCCUCCGCCAUGGUGACUUCCAGAUCCUUACCCAAGUGGGUCAAGGUGGAUAUGGCCAGGUCUACCUCGCUCAGAAGAAGGACACUCGAGAAGUCUGUGCACUUAAGGUCAUGAGGAAGAAACUCCUCUUCAAACUGGAUGAAGUGCGUCACAUCUUGACUGAGAGAGACAUCCUGACCGCCGCGAAAUCCGAGUGGCUUGUCAAGUUGCUGUACUCUUUCCAGGAUGAAGAACAAAUCUACCUGGCCAUGGAGUACGUUCCUGGAGGUGACUUUCGAACCCUGCUCAACAACACCGGUGUCCUUCACAAUCGUCAUGCCAGAUUUUACAUUGCUGAGAUGUUUUCCUGCGUGGACGCCUUGCACACGUUGGGUUACAUUCACCGCGACCUGAAGCCAGAGAACUUCCUGAUCGAUGCUACUGGACACGUCAAACUGACCGACUUUGGUCUCGCCGCCGGCAUGCUCAGUCCCAUUAAGAUUGAAAGCAUGCGUAUCAAACUUGAGGAAGUCGGAAAUACGCCAGUUCCCUUCGGCAUGCCCGCUGUUGAAGACCGCUCGGCCGACCAACGUCGUGAAGGUUACCGUUCCCUCCGCAAGAAGGACAUCAACUAUGCCAAGUCCAUCGUCGGCUCGCCUGACUACAUGGCCCCAGAAGUCCUCAAGGGUGAAACAUAUGAUUUCACCGUCGACUACUGGUCUUUGGGUUGCAUGCUCUUUGAAGCCCUGGCAGGAUACCCCCCGUUCGCCGGCGCCACUGUUGACGAAACCUGGCAGAACCUCAAACGUUGGCAGCGUGUGCUCCGGAAACCCAUCUACGAUGACCCCACCUACUUCCUCUCCAAGCGUACCUGGGACCUGAUCACCCGCCUUGUUGCUGCCAAAGAUCACCGAUUCAAAUCCAUCUCGGAAAUCCACAAGCAUGAGUACUUUGCUGAAGUGGACUUCUCCAAGUUGAGAGAGCAGAAAGCACCGUUUGUGCCGGAGCUGGAUUCAGAGACCGAUGCUGGGUACUUCGACGAUUUCUCGAAUGAAGCGGAUAUGGCCAAGUACAAGGAGGUGCACGACAAACAGAGAGCAUUGGAAGAGAUGGCGGAGCGGGACGAAAAGAUGGGCAAGGGUCUCUUUGUGGGAUUCACAUUCAGACAUCGCAAACCAGAUACGGAAGGAGGAAGCCCGCGCAAGAGGAUCGAGACCGAAGGCACCUUUGGAACGAUCUUCUGA